AUGACCGCAGCGCCCCCGGGGCCAGAUCUCAGUUUUUUAAACGAGGAGGAAGCCAGGGCGAUUUUUCAGGUGCUGCAAAGGGACUCGGAGCUCCGGCGGGCUGAGAAGGACAGAAUCAGCAAACUUCGGAAGAGGAAGAAGUCUGAAGCAGGACUGCCAGGAGUGACUGGAGAAUGGUUUGAAGAAAUACUAAGAAAGAAAUUUCAGAACUACACAGAUGUCAAUAGAAUGCUAAAACCACCAUUAGAGCAUCAGCUAAAAAAGAGCAAAACCACCAAGCAUAAAGAACUAAAAAUGUCAUCUCGCACAAAUCCUGAAGCACAAAAGAACAGCUCAGCUUCCUUUCUGGGAUUCAGAUCACCCUUUGCUUGGCAUUUCUCCUUUAGAAAAUCAAGGAAAAACCAGACCCAGAAGCAACCACGAUAUGACAGCUCUGCUAGCCCAUCUUCGAAAGCAGAAGAAAUGGCAACAAUUGAAAUGUGUAAUUCCCCAAUGUCAGCUGGAACAAGUGGUCAUUCUUUUGAUGCAAACCAAAAUGAAAUGAUGGAAAAAAGUACAGAGGAAUGGAAUGAACAACUAGAGAAGGAGUUUUUCAGUGUUCUAAAUGAUCUGGAUGACCAGCUAGCCCAGGAGCAAGCCCAAGACCCAUUGGACAGGACAGUUUCUACUAGCAGUGCAUCAAAUGGCCAAGGUAUUAGUGCAUUCCCUGCUUCCAAAAGGCAGACUGCUAGUAGGAUACAACCAAGAAAUGACUGGAGCGACAAGCCUAACACAUUGUUUGCAGAUGGACUGAGAACAAUAAGAGCCAAAGAUGAACACAAGAUUUUCAUCAGACCAAGGAGAUUACGCAGUGCAUACAUAAACUGGCACCAGACAGCCUUCCUGGAAGAUUGUGGAUACGCUGAUCCAGUCAAAGGAAAUCCUUACCUGCUAAGCAACAGGCUGUCUUCUGUUUCUUUCGGACGGUCUUCAGAAGGUAGCUUAUAUCCUCCUUCUGUAACACAGAAUAGUGGAUUUAGGCACAAGAGCUGUAUGAACAGAGAUACAGCUGGCAGAAGUUACUCUGUAUCUUCCCUUCGGAGACGUCCAUCACUGGGAUCUUCUGACCAGCUGUCAGCAUCUCGUUUGCAAUAUCCAUUGGCAAGGGAGAGCAACAACAGUUUUGUACCGCGAUUUGGUCGACAGAACCCAAAGAGAAUUCCUCUGUCUUCUAUUGUAUGGAACAACACACCAGACCCUCCUGGACAAACAGCAGCUCAAGAAAAAAUGUUUAGAACUCAAUCACUGAUGGAGUUUCAUGAUGCUGACCAUGGUAGAUAUCCUAGCUCUUUGCAAGAAACCAAGAAAUAUGCAUGUUAUCACUCAAAACACCACUACAGAAGAUCUAUUUCAAGCAGCAGUUGCAUUAGCAGAGUUAGUUGCCCUGACAAAGCUACUUCUCCACUUCCCUUUGAUAACUGGGAAAAUUAUCCAAUAUACAAAUCAGAAAAUAAUCUCUCUAGAUCCUCCUAUAGAGAUACUUCUCACAGCAAGUUGCAUGCAAACCAAAAAAAAUCUUAUGGAAGAAAAGACAGCUAUCCUUCUUGGACUGAUAUUCCACAGUACUACAGUGAUGAAGCAUUUAUUUCCCCCGAUGACAGCUUUGAAGUGAUUAUGGCUAAUUUAAAUGACCAACAGUGGGCACAUACAAAGACUGCCAAGUUUGGUUCACAGUGCUUGCGAAACGAUUUUAAUGUGUAUUCUCCAGAGAAUACAAAUAUUAAAAGGAUGACAAGAAGUGCAAAUAGAACCUUUUCAGAAUUCACAGACAGCUGUCAGCCUUGGCAGAGCUGUAACUCUCCAGCUUCUCCAUCUAGUACCAGAAGUGAUGAGUCAAUCUUUUCUAACUUGAAGGACCAAACAAAACCUUUAGGAUUAAAGAGGAAUUCAGUCAUUGCUUCCCAAAGAAGUGCAAAGGCAGACUUUACACAGCUAGAAAAGGUUGACGGUAUGGAACUGCCAGAUGAAGAAAUGCUGGUACAGUCAGCUUCUCAACAAGCAGGUACAAACUACAACACCCACAGCCUUCCCUCUAACGGCCCUGCUUCUGCCAUGUUGCAAAGCGAUGCUUGUCUCUUUAAUACAGUGAGGUCAAAGAGACAAACCCAAGUCACUAGCAGAGGAGACACUGCAAAAAUGUAUACUCCGAAUGGUGAUAGAAGAAAUGUACAAAUGAAGGAAAACAAUUUCUCACCUCACAGUGUGUUCAGUCAGCCUCCCUGUAUGUUGCCAGCUGGUGACAGCAGAAAAGAACCUUUUCUUCCAAGUCAGAAAGGAUGGGAACAUAAUCUGCCUUAUGCAGCAAAAAGAGGCAGCAUCAAACAGGAAGAUCAGAGUGCAGAUGCUAUUAACCAGGCUGCUCCAAAGAGAAAGUCCUCACUGUUCAAUGUUGCUCCAGCUCCACCCACUGAAAAUUUGGCAAACUGUCAAGGCAUGUUGUCCUGUCCUGAACGUUCAUUGAGCUCCCCACAAAGCUCUCCACAAGCACUUUCUCAUAAAGACAAUUCUAAGGGUUUAGGAACGCUAACUACGUCUUCAGUAAAUUACAGAGCCACCAAACCUCCAGCAGAAGAUGGAAAAACAGCUCAAGUGAGCAAAAUAGGUGUUAACAGAGAGACUUCACAGGAAACGCUGCAAAAUACAAGCACUUUAGUUAGUAAGGACUGCAAUGGACAAUUCACUACUAGCUCUCCUCAAAAUGGAAAUUCUGGAAAUACUUUUAUGCACAGGUUUAAUGGAGACCCCAAGUCCUCUGAACAUAGUUUAAAUUAUUUUUGCCUUGAAAAAGAAAGUGGAAAAAUAAGGCGAAGUUCGCCUUGCAUUGAAAGGCUUCACAAGGAAGACGGCUCACUGAGACAUAUGAGUAGCUGCAGCAUUACUGGCUCUCCCAGCAGAAACAAACUCACUUCUCCUGACUCACUUGUUAUUUACUACACAUUGCCUAGAAAAUCUGCUAGCAUUUCUGGCAGUAUUAUGUCAGAUACGCCCAUCUCCUUACCUAGAGAAAUGAGAGCAACACAUGAUUGUUUAAGGUCUGAAAUGCCACAUAGAGCUGAUGCCUUUUGCUCUCAUCAAAGAGAUGUGUCUUAUUUAGACUCAAAACCUUCCAUUUUAACAUCAACAUCAUUAAAUACUGCUGCAAGUAACAAAGGAAAAGAUUACUCCAGUCCUUUUAACAAGAGUCCUAAUGAUUCAGUAAGUAGUAGUACAUCGGUUGAACUGACAGAUAGAUGCAAACAUCUAAGCAGACAAGAAUACUCUGUGUUUUCAGACUGUAAGGAGAGGGGGAGUUUUUUGCAGAAGUACAAAACUACAAGCACAUUUACAGUUUGUGUUGAUGAAGAUAAUGUCAAGUAUCAUGAACUAGUUUCAAUUUAUUACACAUUACCACGGAGGCAUUCAAGAACAUUUUGCAACCUCUUUAGAGAUAAUCCAGAGGAUGCAGAUUUACCUGCUGAAUCACCAAGAAUACAAAACAAGAAAAAUGAAGGCCAUGUGAGUUUAGGAAAUGUUUUCUUCCCCAGUACUUUGGAAAAAGAGGUGCCUUCAUAUUUUUGCGACGAAGUACCUUCAGCUCUGGCCACACCUCAGAACUCAGAAAUUGCUAUUGAUAGUGACAAAGAGAAUUCUCACUUACCUCCUAGCUCUGAGAAGAUAGGUACUUCAAAGUCAGUAAGUAUGGCACAUAGUAAGAAAGAUAGUUCAGCAGAUUUUUCAUUAGCAGAAAAUGUGCUUUCUGCUAUGGUGACAAAAGAAACUCCUUUUGGUGGUCCACAACCCACUACGGUAGUGGCUAAGUCAGGCAAGGCCAUUUCUGAUGCUUCAAGCAUCAGCCAAGCUUCAAGCCAAAAUACAGAAAUGUGUUUGAAAGAAAAGAAGGAAAUUUUACAAACAGCCCCACUGCUAAUGUCCACUUUACCAACGUCUCCCAAGACAAGCAGAUGUUUAGAGAAUCCUUCAUAUUCAACAAAUAAAAAUACUAUAUGGAAGGGAAACUCAGAAAACUGUUGUCAGCCUCCUAAAGUAAACACCAAUAAACACCUGAACAGUUCACUCCUCCAUCCAGGAGAGAAGAGUUCCCUUGAAAGGAACGGGAACACAGAGCAUGCUGACAUGCCACCUCCUCCUGUGGGAGACACAUGCAGGGAUAGUACUGCAGUUGAAGAGGGGGUAAAUUUCCUACACCAAACCACCCCUCUGUAUAAUAAUAAAUGUAGUAGACUGCAAUUAAGGGUUGACAGUUCAAGAAAAAAUGCAAAUUACUUAAAUUGUUGUAGUAAAAUGCUUUCAGAGGCUCAGAACAAAGUAUCUGAGGUAAGCACAGCUUCCUGCGCUGAUCCAUUACUUCAGCUAGGCAAAGUGAUUAGCACAGGUACAGGUGAAUUAAAGAAUUCAAAAAACACAAGAGAGCAAAACUUGCAGAGUACUCAAAUGAGUAAAGAUUAUAGUGGUUUGCAGGAAUCAGAGAGGCUCAGUGAAGGCAACUUGAACAUUAACUAUAAAGAUAAAACCCUCAGGAUUACACCAGAUCAGAGAGUAACACAGAGUGCAGAAGAUGAGAAUAAGCUUAUCUCAGACUGCACAAGAGACAAAGUGAAGGACAUAGAGAAAAGGAAGAACAGAGCUUCAAUUAAAAAUAAACUGGCAGCUGUUUACAAAACAAGUAGAAAAUUUUCCAGUAAAAAUUUACCCCCAAAACCACACAUAAGUAACAUUUUUUCACAGAAUGAUGGAAGUGCCACUUCUUUAGAGGUUGACACGUCCCUCGACUCAUUGAUUGCAACAGAUUCCCAACAGCCAUUCCUCCAGUUGGACAAGGAAAAUCAGAACCACAGUCUGGACCCUGAUAAGUGUAUGCCAAGACCAAGAACAGCUGAGAAUAAGACUCAAAAUCAGAAUGAUCCUUCUUUGCUUGUUAAUAAUACCAAUUGGAGGUCUCUUACAAGCUUAUACACCCCAAAAGAAGCCACAGGUCCCAAAAAGACUACAGUGAAAGUGGAAAAUAGGCCAAGUCUUACAACUCUAUUUCCAGAUAAAGUAGCAACAACAAGAAAUAAUAAUUCUGAAACACUUGAUGUCAGGUUAGAAAGCAAAACCCAGCCCAUCUUUUCCAGAGCUACUACAUCAGAUGCACUGGAUGAUGAGAAAAGAAGAGCUAGCAGUCGCGCCUGCAGUCCUCCCUUGCCACUUUUAACAGACAAAAACUCAAACAUGUAUAUAACUAACUGCUUGCAGGCAGAUGUGUGUCCAGAGCAAAACCUGACUUCCCUGACAGUGCUUGAUCGGUGUCAAAAUACCACUCAAUCUACUAGCUUAAAAAAUGCUAACCUGCACAGCUGUCAGCUGCGCAGGAGUCAUGCCAAAAGUCAGCGUGAGCGUCACCUUUCUGAGGGUGUGUGUCCUCUGGAUUCCAGUGAGACUUUUGCCUCAGGAAGCAAUAUUCUACCCAAACAUGGUACACACGGGAAGAGAUAUAAAUCUUACUCGGAGCUGUUGUCGUGUGAUGAAAAUGAAAACUGGGCGUCAGAUGAUGAAAAGUGUUACAGCACCAGAAAUUUGUAUCCUUCUGUUGAAUUUGGUAUAUUUGGCAAAGAGCAGCAGUUGGCUUUCCUGGAAAAUAUCAAGAGGUCACUCACAGAAGGGCGCUUAUGGAGACCUUAUCUUCUUAAUAACCCUGGUGCUCUCGGAGAUGGAGAGCCCCCAUCUAUAAACAGGGCUGAGCUUUUGAGCUCAAGUUCCACUGGGAGCAAAAUGUCAUCAGCUGCUUCGUCCCCCAGAGACCUGACUGAUACCUAUCAGGAAUUCCCAGAAGCUUAUUCAGACUCAGACAGUGAUACCACUACUGAUGAUGAGUACUACCUGGAUGAGAUAGAUAAAGAAUCUGAGCUAUGAAGAGCACAUGGUACUCAGAUAGCACUCAGUCAUUUCUGGGCAGCCAAAGCCAUUAAAAAAAUACUUUGAGACAGUUCUUGUGCUGCUAUAAAUUCGUGGAACUUCACUUUAAAGAAAUUAGUUAUGUUAGCUAAGCAUUUGACUUUGGUAUUAAAUAUGUGGCCUCAUCAUUGUUAUUUCUCCCAGGGAAAAACAAUGUUAAAAAUUCUCUUCCCAAAAUAAUAGAAAGUAAACAGCUGUGGAGCUCUGGGCAAUGUAACUCCAGAGAUGGCUUUCCUCUGAGUCAGCAAGCAGUGGCUUAGGCUCCUGCCAGCUACACAGUGCUGAGAAGGAUAAUUCAUAGCACAACUUUGUCUUAAAAGGCUGAACAGAAAACCGAGAGGUUACUUUGCUGAUAAAUUGUUGAUUCUCCUGACUUAGCAAAUCAGUCCUACCCACAUACCCAAUAAACAUCCCCACAAAACAAAACCUGUUCCAUUUCUACAGCACAUAGUAUAUUAAUGUUCUUUCUCUGCAUUCCUGGCAUGUGU